CACGCAGGGUGGGGGGAGGGAGCGCACGACGUGCGCGCGACCUCUCCCUCGUCCACCGCUGCCGCCUCCUUCUUCUGCCGCUCCUGGUGGUGCCUGUGUGCUCGUUCGGUGCGGACCUGGUACCUCUUUUGUGAAGCGGCAGCUGAGGAGACUUGGGCGCUCGCCAUGGCAGAUGAAAAGCCUAAGGAAGGAGUCAAGACUGAGAACAACGAUCACAUAAAUUUAAAGGUGGCGGGACAGGAUGGUUCUGUGGUGCAGUUUAAGAUUAAGAGGCAUACACCACUUAGUAAACUAAUGAAAGCCUAUUGUGAACGACAGGGUUUGUCAAUGAGGCAGAUCAGAUUCCGAUUUGAUGGGCAGCCAAUCAAUGAAACAGACACGCCUGCACAGUUGGAAAUGGAGGAUGAAGAUACAAUUGAUGUGUUCCAACAGCAGACAGGAGGUGUCUACUAAAAAGGGAACCUGCUACUUUACUCCAGAACUCUGUUAUUAUAGACCAAGAUGACAUUCUCAAUUAGAAAACUGCAAUUUGGUUCCACCACAUCCUGACUACUACAGUAUAGUUUUCUCUAUUCUUUUCAUUUUCCCCUUCCCUAUUCCUUUAUUGUACAUAAAGUAACUGGUGUAUGUGCACAAGCAUAUUGCAUUUUUUUUUUAAACUAAAUGGCCAACGAUAUGUUUUGAUUGACAUCAGGUGGAGAUGGGUUGGGGAAAAAUAUUGGUUCUGUGAAAAUACCCCCUUUUCUCCAUUAGUGGCAUGCUCAUCUGCUCUUAUCUUUAUAUUCCAGUAAGUUAUUUUGCUCUCACUGUUUUAACAAAACAACAACAUGAAAAACCUUGCAUACCUUGUUCAAUUGGAGAAUUUUAAUGUUUUCAUUUAUCAUUGUAAAACCAAGGACAAUUUUAUAACUUUUUUGUACGUAGCUGUUACAUGUAGGGCAAUCUGUCUUUAAGUAGGGAUAAAUUACUCUAAAAAAAAAAAAUGAAUCCUAGAUAGUUUUCCCUUUAAGUCAAGCGUCUUGUUGUUUAAAUAAACUUCUUGUUUAAAAUGA